GGAUCGCCCCACAAUCCAAACACACAAGAAUCAGAACUCAGCCUCAAUUCUCAAACCGAGCCGGGCAGUCAACUCAAAAUGGGCAUGGGUCCAUCCCCCGUCGUGGGCUCGAACGGUUCCUCCAAACCAGCUUCAAGCAGAGCCUCUACUCCCAAUGGCGGUCCGAAACAGCCGCUGUCAAUCGAAACGUUACUUGCUCAGCAAAAGGCGGAAAAGGAGGCGGCUAGUAAGCCGAAAUUUUUGUCGAAGGAGCAAAGAGCUGCGUUGGCGAUUGCCAAACGAGAGCAAGAAGUUGCAGCUGAAAAGGCCCGACUUGCCGAAGCUGCUGCCAAGCGAGAAGAGCUAGAACGGAGUGCACGGGAGGCGAAGUACGGAUCGUACUCAUCGCGCAACAGCAGUCGGAAUGGAUCGUCUGAACACUCAUACAACUAUAACGAUCGGAGAGGAUCCAGUUCAUCAAGAGUCGACAUGGAGGGUGUCCCUACGGCACCAAAAGCUCUGCGGGGAAAAAAUUCAACUGGCGGAACUUCCUCCUCCGGCCCAGGUCCCUCAUCCCUUCGCAACUCUUACAAGCCAGACUCAACCACAAACGGCUCCUCAUCAUCUGCCGACCACACAUCAUCAUCCAUGCAACCCCCUACCCACCCCGCAUCAUCCGUCACUCCCGAUCAGCAUGGUAACAGUCAACUGCCCAGUACCGAGCCCAUGCUUGGGACUGCCCCUCCACCAGUCCUCAAUCAAAAGCUUCUCAUGGCGCGUUACUUGGGCCAACCCGAUAACAAGAAGCGGAGGAUCAGGAAAAUGUCUGACAAGAAGUUCGUCUUCGAUUGGGCCAAAGACGAAGAUACUGCCUUGGAAGAGGUCGAUCCCCUGUAUGCCAUUACCGUCCCUUCCGCUCCACCACCAAACCAUUCGUCUAAUCACCAUGGUGGAAGCCAUAGUCGAGGAAGCGUGCCACCUCCGACCACGACUGCCGUGCAGCUGGUUGGAAGAUUCGGCUUGUACGGUAAUGGGAAGCUUGCAGGAAUCGAUCCUGCCGUCCAGACCAACAAAUCGGCGGCCCGGGAGCUAGCUCAGCGACGACUAGACCCGGAGGAUGAAGUACUGACAUCAAGGCCCUGUGAGGCAGGCUCGAAACGCAGCUCAGCGGUGGUCAAUGAGCUUCAUUGGAGUCAGAAACCAUUGAACGCAAUGCGGGAUCGUGAUUGGAGGAUCUUCCGAGAAGAUUUCUCGAUCGCUGCGCGUGGUGGAAACAUUCCGAACCCGAUGCGAUCCUGGGAAGAAUCGAAGCUACCAUUACAGAUCUUGGAGAUCAUCGAUGAAGUAGGCUAUAAGGAACCUUCGCCGAUCCAACGACAAGCUAUCCCAUUAGGCUUGAAUAAUCGCGAUUUGAUCGGAAUAGCUGAAACCGGUUCCGGGAAAACCGCUUCGUUUGUGAUUCCGAUGUUGACGUACAUCGGCAAACUUCCGCCAUUAACCGACGACAAUCGGCACCUGGGACCGUAUGCUCUAAUUUUAGCGCCUACACGAGAAUUGGCCCAACAGAUCGAGGUAGAAACCAACAAGUUUGCGCUCAGAUUAGGCUACCGAUGUGUCUCGAUUGUCGGAGGAAAGGCCAUGGAAGAGCAAGCGUUGAACAUGCGCGAUGGGGCCGAGAUCAUCAUCGCAACGCCUGGUCGACUGAAGGAUUGUAUCGAGCGACAUGUGCUGGUUUUGGGCCAAUGCACUUACGUGGUCAUGGACGAAGCAGAUAGGAUGAUCAAUCUGGGCUUCGAAGAGGUCGUCAACUUCAUUCUCGACCAGCUACCCUUGAGCAAUCUCAAACCUGAUACAGAGGAAGCUGAAGAUUCAAGCAAGAUGACCAGCUUUGUCGGUGGAGUUGAAGGUUUCGAUCUGACAGGUGCCAAAGGCCUUUACCGUCAAACCGUGAUGUUUUCAGCGACAAUGCCGCCAGCGGUGGAACGUCUAGCCAAGAAAUAUCUCCGAAGACCAGCGGUAGUGACGAUUGGAGUGGCAGGACAAGCGGUGGACACGGUGGACCAACAAGUCGAGUUCCUGCCGAAUGAAGACAAGAAGCGAGGGCGUCUACUCGAGGUGCUCAACCAAGGCCACACCCCGCCGAUCAUCGUCUUUGUCAACCAGAAGAAGACCGCCGACCAGCUGGCCAAGGACAUCAGUCGAGCCGGCUGGUCCACUACCACCUUGCAUUCUGGGAAGAACCAGGAACAGAGAGAGGCCGCGCUUGCUUCCCUCCGUGCUGGAGAGUCCGACAUCCUCGUGGCUACCGAUUUGGCUGGUCGUGGAAUCGACGUUCCAGAUGUCGGUUUGGUCGUCAACUUCCAGAUGGCUGGCACGAUCGAGGCCUAUGUGCAUCGUAUAGGUCGAACCGGUCGGGCUGGGAAAGUGGGAACAGCGAUCACGUUCUUAACCAACGACGAUGCGGAUGUGAUGUAUGAUCUGAAGCAAGAGAUCAUGAAGAGUCCGGUGUCCAAGUGUCCUCCCGAGCUUGCCAAGCACGAGGCCGCCCAAUCCAAGAUGUCUGCGGCUAUGAAACGACGCGCCGCCGAUCUCGACGACGGCUGAGCUCUUUGUUUUCCCCUUCUUCCCUCCGCUCUUGGUUCCGCCUCUCUCUCUGCUUCUUGUUAUAUGUACUCCGAUCAGAAGAUCAUCCACCAUAUCCUUUCCAGCAAUCAAAACAUGAUUCCAACUCUUGGCGGGUCUCCUUUGUCCCCCUCGCUUAUUUGUCCACCCCCCCCCCCCGUCUCUCUGUCUUCACAUGCGGGAUUGGUCAUACGCCCCCUCCCGCAAAAAACAGCCUGAUUUGGUCAACAUGUGGCAUUAUUAUCAUCGGCUUUGAAGAAACAAGAUCUGCAUUCUUCUUCAUAACCAGCACUUUUUUGUUAAAAAAAAAGCAAGAUACCAUCCCAAGAUGAAAAAUCCCCUCGUGACAUAACUUGUCUGACAAAAAUGAACUGUGA